AAUGAUUCACGUUAUUAAAAUGCAGGAUAUUUGUAGACUGCUUAUCUAAGUUAAUGGAACUAGUUUCCGACAAUUCAGUAAACAUUGUGAUAUAAUGUAGGUAAAAUGUUUGCCUCACAAAGUGUGCUUAUAUUAUUAAAAAAAAACACAUCAUACAUUCAAAAACGGUAAAAAUGAUUGUUUUUUGAAAACGCGCUUUAAGAAGUGCUUAUUGAUAUGGAAAUUUUAUUUAAGUUUCAGUGCAUUGUACUAAAUCGAAUUUCAAGCAAAUAAUAUAUACAAUCCACAUAAAUAAAGAUAGACAAAAAUGGAGAUGGACAUAUCGAUCUGAAAGAACUGAGAGAAGCUCUUGAGUCGUGCGGUUUUAAAAUUGCCGGCUAUCAAUCGAGAGUUAUAGAAGAAGAAUACAAGAAUUCAAAAAAGACGAAAAUCAACGGCAAGCUAACCUACGAAGAAUUUGAAAAACUUAUCUCUGAUCUCAAGGCUAAUGACAUUGCUAAUACAUUCCGUACAGCAGUUUCCAAGAGAGAGAACCUGCAACAUUUAGGAGGAACAUCUGAAGCAUCGAACGAAGGAACUACGCAUUCUGUAAGGGUAGAAGAACAACUAGCGUUUUCAGAUUGGAUAAAUUCGAACCUUCAGCAUGAUCCUGACUUGAAAAAAUUAUUGCCCAUCGAUUCCGAAGGCAAACACCUAUAUGAGAAAGUUAAAGAUGGAAUAUUACUGUGCAAGGUGAUCAACCAUUCUUGCCCCGAUACGAUCGACGAACGAGCUAUAAACAAAGAGAAACUGACCUUGUACAGAAAACUUGAAAAUUUGACGCUAGCCCUGUCAUCCGCGUCGGCGAUAGGAUGCAACGUGGUGAACAUAGACGCGCACAGUCUGUCGAAAGGAACGCCUCAUCUGGUGCUGGGUUUGCUAUGGCAGAUCAUCAGGAUCGGCCUCUUCAAUCAAAUUACCCUCGAGCACUGUCCCGGCCUGACGACGCUUUUGUCCGAGGACGAAAAGAUCGACGAUCUGAUGAAACUCUCACCAGAGGCAAUUCUGCUCAGAUGGGUGAACUAUCAUUUGGAAAGGGCCGGAACCCAUCGCAGAGUAACUAACUUCCAGUCUGAUAUCACCGAUUCUGAGGUGUACACCCACUUGUUGAAACAAAUCGCGCCGCAAGAUGUUGAUGUAACAACAGAAGCCUUGUACGAGAAAGAUUUGAUCAGCCGAGCAGAAAUGAUGCUCGAACAGGCCGCGAAACUGAAGUGUAGGGCAUUCGUGAUGCCACAGGACGUCGUAAAUGGUGUGUACAAACUAAAUUUGGCCUUCGUGGCAAACCUGUUCAACAAUCAUCCAGGCUUGGAGCAGACAAACGGCGCAAUCGAUGGCUAUGAAACAAUUGAAGAGACUAGAGAAGAAAGAAAACUCGUUUUAGCGUACAGAAAUUGGAUAAACUCAAUGGGUGUGUCUCCACACGUGAAUUGGUUAUAUUCCGACUUGGCAGAUGGGUUGAUUGUCUUCCAGUUGUACGACAUCAUCAAGCCGGGUACCGUCAAAUGGAACAAAGUCCACCGCAAAUUCACGAACGAACGCAAAAAGUUUAUGGAAAAAUUGGAAAACUGCAACUACGCCGUAGAACUUGGAAAAGAUCUGAAAUUCUCGCUGGUUGGAAUUGGAGGUCAGGACAUCAACGAAGGAAACGUUACUUUGACGCUAGCGUUGAUCUGGCAACUGAUGAGAGCGUACACUCUGUCUAUUUUAACCCAAUUGGCCGAGUCCGGCAAUCCGAUCGUCGAGAAGGAGAUCGUUCAGUGGGUAAACAAUAAGCUGACUGGCGCCGGAAAGAAAUCCUCCAUACGCAGCUUCCAAGAUCCGACAAUUUCAGAUGCCAAAGUGGUCAUCGAUCUGAUCGACGCCAUCAAGCCUGGCGCUAUCAACUACGACUUGGUCAAACAAGGAACAACAGAAGAGGAUCGACUAGCAAACGCCAAGUACGCCAUCUCAAUGUCCCGCAAAGCUGGAGCUAGGGUAUACGCUCUUCCGGAGGACAUCGCAGAAGUCAAGCCCAAAAUGGUGAUGACCGUGUUCGCCUGCCUUAUGGCCCUAGAUUAUGUACCUAAUAUGGAUAGCGCUAGGCAAUAAUCAUGAAUUUUCUCUAUAUUUAUUCCUAGUUUGACUUUCAAUUUAUCAAUCGUAAAAGUAUUCAGCCAUAUCAAAGACGAUUGCAGACAAUUCACACUUCAAACAUGCCUGCUUCUUUUACAAAUACAAAGCAAAACAUUUUCUGGGGUUCCACCACACUGGUUGAAAUUCAGGCCACGAAGAAAGUUUGUUCUUCUUCAAAACAUGCAAUGUUACCAUGCAAUAUGUAUGCUUGUAUGCUGUCAAGAUUACCCUCCUCUUCAUAUCAAAAUUAUCACAACUUUUGUACGUUAGACACAAACAGGUACAGAUACAUUUACUUUGCUUAUGAUCCGACAUAUUCAGUUAUAAGAGGUACCAUUCUGAUUCCGUUUCGUUUUAAAAUGGCUGGAUACUUUUUAUUAACUAUUGGUUAUGCUGAUUCGUUCUUUCAUCCGCUUUUUGUACAAUGUAAUUUUUUCUUUCAGGUCUUCUGGCUUUUUACACCAGGCAUUAUUUUAUUCUUUUUCCUUUAUCAUAGGUUAUAGGUCAUAAUAAGUGAGGAGCAAAAUGCGAAGGUUGAUCGCCAUUAUUGAAAUUGAAAGUUGAUUUUUGUAUUUGUAACGGACUUAUUUCCUGAACAAAUACACGCGAACUCUUGGCUUACAUUUGAAAUGUUGUGCUUAGCAUAUGCACGUUAAAAGGGGUCUUUUCUAAAUGAGAUUAUGCAAAAAAUAUAAUCGGAAUAUUCUCCCCAUCUGGACUGAAUUAAUUCAAUUUUUCACAUAAAGCACAUGAAUGACAUUUUACAAAAAUUGAUACGAGACACUUUUUGUCUUGAUUUGGUCAGUAUUCUAAUGAUUUUUUCAUAUGGUGUUGGAAGAAUAGCCAUAACCAAUAUUGAUUUAUAUAUUAUUCGAUGUUUAUUUUUACUCAAGAUGCUAUCGUGUAAGAUAUCAAUUUAUGAUUUAUUAUCUUUAUAUAUUAUCAUUAAUCGUUGAAGUGACAUUCCCAAAUUUUGAGAAGAAUCAUUGUCUAGGCUGUACUUUCAGUAUUUAAUACUAAACAUUCCACUUUGUGGGUUGGUGCAAUAACUUUUAUUAACAUUCAUAAAAAAUAACAGGGCUGUUAUUAGAAGAGCAAUUGUUUGUUCAAUUGAUGGAAGAUCAAUAUCCAACAUUACUAUUUGGACGGUUUUUUGCAGGAAGGAACCAACCCACUAAAUAUGAAAAAUCUAGAUUUUAGGAAGAUAAUCGUAAUAACGAGCAAUCUCAUUUGCUGUAAAAGAGACCCAUACACAUAUUUAAAGCCUUUAGUAUGCCAUUAAUUAAAAUCGUUUUUGGUCUGAAAUGAAUUUGUUGUCAUUGUCAAAACUUUAAAGGCUCAAUAAUUGUUUUCUGGGUUGGUUCUUUCUGCAAAAAAACGUCCAUUUAACAAAUCUAAAGCCCGCCACUCACGAUCCAACGCCGCAGUACGACUUUGUCGAAAAUUGGAUAAGGACACACAUCUAACGAUUUUGCAGUAUGAGUUUUGAUUUGGAAUCUAAUUUUAGCGGGUCUUGCAUUUUGUAUUACUCUAAAAGUAAAAGGAAAAAUAAGAAACUUAGAUGGUAGUGUCAAAUUGGUUUUAUUUUCCAAAGGCAUUCUUGCUAUUUUUAUAAUUCAAAAAUCCUCAUUGUAAGCCAUUUUUAUAAAUAUGCGUAGACCGACAAAUAUUAUUAAAAUGUGUCAAAUCGUACUGCGGCGUUGGAUCGUGAGUGGCGGGCUUUACGUUACAGCCUACCGCAUGAUGUAUGAUACUUAUUUUAAAGCGAUUUAAUCAAAUUCCAUCUGCAUUUUCUGUGAACUGACAUUCCAAAACAAUAAAGAGACUUAUUUUUAUUGAGAUAGGAUUAAAACAUUCAUUUUUGUAUAAUGUUUUUUUUUACCGUAAAUUGUUUUUUCUAAAAGAAUUUGGCUCUAUGCAAUACCGAACUAAGUGCCAUUCCUAACUAAUCAUACACUGUGAGUGUAAAAACUUAUAUAUUAAGUAUUAAAAGGUGUUCAUACCUUUGAUAUCUGUAAGUUUAUACGUUUUUCAUAUAAACUGGUCAAUUGCUUUAAAUAAAUGGAAAUAGGUAAAUUGAA